AUGCCUGGAAGAUUAUUCAAUCCAAAUCAUUUACAUUUUCCAUUACUUGCUUUAUCAAUUGGUUUAUUAGGUUAUGCAUUAGCUACUGCGGAUUGGCCAUGUGGAAAUUUAUAUACUCAAUGUUUUAAAACUAUACCGAUUAUUAUUGUUCUUAUAUUAUUAUCUGCAGGUGUAGGUGGUUUAGGAUUAAUAUUCCUUUGUGAUUUAUUUGGUGCUUGUAAUAGUAAAUGGAUACCUGGGCCAGUAUGUACAACAAUUAAAUUAAUGAUUUUAUUUGUUUCAGCUAGUGCUGUAUUAACAGGUAAUUUAUUAUAUACAUAUUGGAAAUUACCAUAUUGGUCAUAUACUUUAUCAUUAAUUGGUAGUGUAACAGCUUCACAAGUUGUUAUAUUAGCUAUAUUAAAUAGUCGAUGUUUAGCAUCAAAAUUAUAG